UAUUUACACAACUUUUCAAAGGGAAAAGUGAUUUACCAUCAGACCAUGACUCCGACUUGGUUGGAGGCGCAUGCUUCAUAUAUCGACAGUUCUUGUACAUCAACACCCCAACAACUCACAUUCAACGCAGGCGCAAAAGACAAUGCCGCUGUUCUUAAAGUACCCAUGAUUCCUUCUGGCGUUUUAAAAGUUGGCACACCGCUGACUGUACAGAUCACUGUUGCAAAUGACGUCAGUAUUGGAAGCAAACCUAUUGAUAGCGACAUUAGAUACGUGGUGUCUGACGGCAGAAGAUUUGUUGGGUUUGAAACUUGCGACAAAGGGAACUACAAAACCAAUGCACCCUGCUAUGGAAUUGAAGGGGUUUCAGGUGCAAGCUUUUCUUCCUGCAACAUAGUCCGGUUCUUCCCAAACCCAACGACUCCUUCUACCCAAGACAGUUUGUCUUUACUCUCAAGUUGGAUGAACGCUGGGGCUCGUGCUACAUUCCGCAUGACGGAGGUUUCGUGAGGACCGCCGGUUACAACAACCGUGUGAUGUUGAACGAGGGACUCAACCUGGAAGUCUACAAACGCGAAUAUGAGGAAAGGGUCGGUAUCAGAUUCAUCAAAGUGGCUAUCAUUCAAGAUGAUGCUUAAAGAUACAGUUAAGACUUACGUAAUCAACGUCUUUAGUUAGUAACAAUAACAACGAAAGCCUUCAUGUUCUGUGUUUGUUUAAUUUGAUAGAAAAUAAAUAGAGAAAUAAAAAACAACAUUGUGUCCGCCUUAUUUCGCAGUGUCAAUAUUCCAAUAGUUGAUGUCUUGAGUGAUUCACUGGCAAAUAGAUCUAGCCGGAUUUUUGAUAACGUUAUCGCCAAAUGGACCUUUUGCUUCGAACAGUUCUUUUCGGCCAAAAGCCGAAAAAGUAGCUAUUAUAAAAACUAGGAGUGCAACCAUUGCUUCUUUUUUCUUCGCCUCCUUUCUUUCUCCUCGCACUUUUCUCCUUUCCUUUUCUUUCAUUACUAUGAUUUUGGAGCUUCUAGGGCUUAAGAAACAUGCCUUUUGGUGGCCUGUGUACAGACGUCCCCUCCUCCCUCAGGAAGUUGUCCUUGAUCAUUAAAACCGAUGACGUCACAAGCGGUAGAGGGACGUGAAUGGGUUAAACAAUUACUCAAGCAAAUUGCAAUUGUUACAUCCGGUAACUAACUCAUGACACGAGGAGGACUUAGUCAUAGACGCAACGAAGACUCGUUUAUUUAGUGAAUCAGUGUGCUUGUGCACUUUUUUUAUAAGAACAGCUAAUUCCUUAGGGGAGGGGGGUUGCGUACUUGGGUAAAUUUUUGCUGGUAUGUGCCGCUGGCCUCUCAAAGCCCCUACCCCAUUAUUGUCUAUUCUGUGGCCAAUGAUAGACCCCAUCUUAGUCACUUUUGGGCAAAUGUAAUUUUCGCGAUCCCAACUUAGUCACUUUUUACUUAUGCAUCUACCUUUGUAGAUCAAUCCUUUAAAUAGGUCAUCCUAAAAUGAACUGACCCAUUUUUUAAAUUGAAUGAAGAACACUUACUUUUCACCUACAGUACAAACAUUCUGGCACGUUUGCUAAACGUAGAUGUGAAGAACUUUCUUACCCCCAAAAUCCGAAAAGGUGCAACCCCAUUAUAGUCAAUCCAGUCGUGAUAAUGCGACCCUAUCCAGCGGCCCCUCUCCAUUAGCCUCUUUUAAGGACCAAGGAAGUAUCCCCCCCCCCCUGCGGGAGCUAAUUGUGGGGCUGAGGCUGAACGCUCUUCCGUUUUUGUGAUUUGAACCUAAAAACGUUCUUAACGUGUUUUCAAAGUUGUACUACAAAUUGACUUGUUCUCUUCAGUCUAUCACGGAAUAAGAAAAUAAGAUGGUUAAUGUUAAGAAAUGUUCCUGAGUAUCUUUAUUUGUACAACUCUUAAAAAAAAGAACAGAAUUAAACGUUCUUAACUGACCCUCAGCAAGAGUAAUUCUUGGUAUGUUCUUAAAUUUUAGGUUCUUAUAAAAAAAGUUCUUACACGACGGUAGGAUAGUACGUGAUUAGAAGAUAUACUAGAAGGUAUAAGUGAUACCCUUACACUGUAUUCAUAUGAGUAAACUUCCGCUUAUAAGCCCCCCCCUGCCACCAGCUACAGGCUCAACCAAAUACCUGUACAAAUAAUGUCUCGUUAUGCGCUCCCCCCGGAUAUAAGACCCCACUAGCUUGUUCUGAAAUGUAUUUGAUUUUUUUACGACAUUUUGAAGCUUCAAAAAGCGGGUAAAUUCUUGAAAAAGUGUUUUGAUCAACACUGCAGUGUAGCUUGUAUUGAAACGCUAUAUUUUAUCCGGUUACAAGCCCCUCCCCUCCCACCCCACAAGUUUUUAAGCCCUCUUUCGUAGUUUUAUAAGCUCAGGGCGUAUAAGCGGAAGUUUUCGGUAAUGCAUCCCACACUGAAAUAAGUUCAAAUAAGUUUAGGAAAACACGCAGCAACCUACGUGACAGUUGACUUGCUUUAGAAUAGCGUGACAACCAUGUUGAAAUAGCUACAAAGUGAUGUAAUGUUCUUGAAAGAGAUACGUAGAGAACCCUGGGAUUCUAAAACCCGUGCGAGAGAACGGAGAAAAUGUAAUUCGUAAGUUGUUCCUGUUGAUGCGAAUAAACCGAAGAAAAGGACCUGGAAUGUCAUGUUGUGUGAGCUAAUUGGAGUCAGAUAGCAAUUGGAAGUAUUGUGUUGAUAUCAUAGCGAUUACGGAACCGAACACAUAGUUUUUACGUAAUUGUAGAAUACGUAUUAUAGCACGUUCUAUUAUCGCAGCUUUUCCAAAAUCACAUAUUUGCAUGCUUGCUUACACGACGAUAAUCAUAUUUCCGAUUUGUAACAACGCCUGGCCUGUUUGUCCUGUAUAUAAUCUGAAUUAACCCUAAUGUGACAUUUUAGUUUUAAAAGUGUUGACCUUAGACUAAAGGGGAGGACUGUUUACUCACCGUAACAUCAUAACGGAGGAUGAACAGGAUGACAAACGUUCAACAAAGAAGCGUGACUAAUAUAGUUAUAUAAUUUUGAAAUAAGUCUGAAAUCGAAAGUCCGAAUGUUGAAAGCCGGUCGGUCGGAAGUCCCAAAUAGGAAGACUUAGACGUGGGAAGAGGACGUCAGAAGACCACCCGAAGACCCUUGACACCUUUUAACUUAAUAAAUAGAGGACAUUAAACCUCUUAACAAAAUAAAAAGCGUGCAGCUACUUCAAUCUCCUCCAUUCAAGCUUGUUAUCACUUCAGAAACGAAACUGACUGACCCAGCAUGGCGUCCACGGUUACUCUUCUCGCUCAACUUGCUGUGCUUUGCUCUGUAAGUACAUUACAAGGCUACUCAAGUUUUAAACAAUCACAGUAGAAUUAUUUAUUUAGAGGUGAAGUCCUCCUCCCAACCCUUCUCCCCCUCACAGAAAAAAUAAAACUUUUUGCUUCAUGCACAGAAUCAAUUAAAAUCUAUAAAAUCUGAUUAUGCUUUCAGGUAGUUCAUUCUUCCUUUCUGGAAACAACGUGCUUACGGAGUCAAUGCAGUGGACAGGUAUGUCACAUUUGCUCUAAACAACUUAUACUAGAACACGUUCGAUCUAUCAAAAUUCUAACAUAACUCCGAGGCUUUAGGGUCAAAAGCGCACAUUUUUCACGAUUGUCUCACAAUUCCCCGAAGAGAUUUGACUACAAAGAGAACCAAGUAUAGAAAAAUGACCAGUACGCCACGGAGUCAUGUUAGAGUUUUAAUAAAUAUAUUUUACGUAAUAGUUUUCUGGCAGUUAAAGUUUCUUACUUUCGUUGAUCUUCGGGUGGCCAAUAUGAUGAAAUGGGGCAAUCUUUCGCUGUUUGCUAAUUAGUUCCCAGGCCCCGCUAGUUAUAAUUUUAUUACAGUUUUGGUUAGAAAUUUAACAAAUUCAUUGGUUGAUAAAUUUCUCGGGUUAUGCCAGGAGCCAAUUACUUAUGCACUACGUUACGCAGAGAAAGUGACUUAAUUAAUACUAUAAUUUCCCAGUGAUCAUAAUAUUUGACGAAUCAGAACCAAAGCCGAGUUAAAAAGUCCUCUUAUAAAUACGUCAAUCCUAGGUAACCUCAGGUACUUUUUUAUUUUACUUUUUCAAGACUCACUCUUGAAAUAAGAGCAAAAAGUAAACAAAAAUUGGUUGUUCUGUUCUCUGAUUAUAUUUACGCAUCUUUUCAAAGGGAAAAGUGAUUUACCAUCGACCAUGACUCCGACUUGGUUGGAGGCGCAUGCGUCAUAUAUCGACAGUUCUCGUACAUCAACAUCCCAACAACUCACAUUCAACGCAGGCGCAAAAGACAAUGCCGCUCUUCUUAAAGUACCCAUGAUUCCUCCCGACGUUUUGAAAGCUGGCACCGCUGACUGUAGAGAUCACCGUUGCUCAUGACGUCAGUAUUGGAAGCAAACCUAUUGAUAGACAUAAGAUACGUGGUGUCUGACGGCACCAGGUUUAUUGGGUUUGAAACUUGCGACAAGUACAACUACAAAACCAAUGCACCCUGCUAUGGAAUUGAAGGGGUUUCAGGUGCAAGCGCUUCUUCCAUGCAAAAUAAUCCGGUUCUUCCCAAACCCAACGACUCCUUCUACCCAGGACAGUUUGUCUUUACACUCAAGUUGGAUGAACGCUGGGGCUCGUGCUACAUUCCCCAUGACGGAGGCUUCGUGAGGACCGCUGGUUACAACAACCGUGUGAUGUUGAACAAGGGACUCACCCUGGAAGUGUACAAAGGUCACAAAGUAGAAAGGGUCGGUAUUAGAUUCAUCAAAGUGGCUAUCAUUCAAGAUGAUGCUUAA